CCCGAUUCGACGGGCAAGGAUUGAAACCUCUUUGCUUGUACAGCUCUCGAUGCCUACUCGCCGUGCACACAAGAAGUCUCGUCUCGGAUGCGCAGAAUGCAAACGGCGGAAAAUCAAAUGUGACGAAGUUCACCCGAUAUGCUGGAACUGCACGCGGUACGGGGUACUCUGCAGCUUUGACCCUGCGAAUCAUGGCCGGCCCGGCGGGACAUUUGAGGCUGGUAUCAGUCCCGGAUCGAUAGGCGCAGCAUCGACUCCCGGCGCCGUCAACUCACCGCGGGACCUGAACUCCUGGGCUGACUAUCUGGCGUCCACCACUCCUUCUGGAUCCAACCCAUCCUCGUUUGGGGCGACGACCCAACCCAUACAGGACCUCGAACUGAUGCACCAUUACUGCGUAUCUACCAGCGAUAGUAUGGCAUUCCGUGAGGACCUGCGCUAUGUAUGGCGUGUCGUCUUUCCCCAGCAAGGUUACCGUCACCCGUUUGUCAUGCACGGCCUCCUUUCACUGGCUGCUCUCCACAAGGCGUACCUCUUCCCAUCCAGGAGGAGAGAAUAUCUCACCCUCGGAGCUUCUCACCAUGCCCUGGGCCUGGAGAGAUUCAGGACUUUGCUAUCUGAUAUUGGGGACUCCAACUGGAAGGCCAUGCUGUGCUACGCGUCGAUUGUUGUUGUGCACGUCUGCUCACAAGCCACCCGGUCCGAAAAUGGCUGCAUUGCAGAGCCUGUCAGAAGCACAUGGGAGUUUUUCUCGGUCUUACAGGGCUUCAAGACAACUUUAAAGGAGUUCAAUCCCAGGAUGACCCAAUCUAAUUUGGCUCCUCUUGUGUACUCUAUUUUCCGACUGGGGGAGGAUGAUCAAUCCGUGCAGUGCGGCGAAAUUAUCCUCGAGCAAUCCCCGCUUCCACCUGACACCUCCUCCGCAUUCUCUCUACUCAUUGAGUUCUACGAGACUGAGGACUUACUAGUACUUUCCAAUCGCGCAGAGUACACCAUGCUCGUCUCAAAUAUGGAGAGAUCAGCAAAUGUUAUAGCAAGUCAUGGCCCCGAUGUCGAGGUCGGAAUGCUCCUUUGGUGGGCAUAUGACGUCCCCAAGACCGUCAUGGAUGACAUUCGACAGCAUAAGCCCCAUGCACUACUCCUUCUAGCCUACUUCGCAGUCAUUCUAGCAACUGCGGAUAGGCGGUACUGGUUCCUCCACGGAUGGGCCAAACAGCUACUAGACGACGUAGAUAGGCGUCUCCGGUCCAAGGACCGAUUUGCGAAAUGGCUCGUGUGGCCCAGGGACCACACACGGUGACUCGGUAGACCAUUUCGUUACAUUAACUCGAGUCCUACAAAAUAUCGGUGAUACCUUUUCACCUGACUUACCUAGGUAGUGUACGUAUCAG